CAAUAAACCCGUGCGUAAAUCAGUUGGAAACUUUAAUUAAUAAACAGGAACUGCGCUCCACGCGCACAUCGUUCUACAGCCAUACUCACUGGACCAGCAUUCCCACUCACUUCCGGUUCGACUGCCUUUAACCCUUUCCCAUCCGCAGCUCUGCUUUCAGAGGCUGAGGUUCGGGUAUCUGCGCUGUCAUUGGUCGACAUGCGUCGUCACUGCGUCUCCGUCGGUCUGUGAGUGGUGGUGGAGGCUGUCAGUCAGUGACAGGCCGCUGCAGAGACUCCAGAGAGAGGGAGAUGUCAGAGGCUGAACUGCUCCCUCGCUUCAGUAGCACUAGUGGGGUUCAGCAGCCAGCAUGGCCACAGCUGCCUCCAGCCCCUACACCUUGCUCAGCUCCAGCCCCAUGAUCCACCCGGACAGCCAGGCCAUGCAGCCUGCUAGCCCCUACAGAGGACACCAGAAACUCCUACAGAGUGACUACCUGCAGAGCGUCCAGAGUAACGGGAACCCCCUCGGGCACCACUGGGCGAGCAGUCUGUCGGAGGGCAGCCCCUGGUCGGCCAACAUGGAGCAGCAGGACGUAAAACCAGGCCGAGAGGACCUGCAGCUUGGCAUCAUCCAUCACCGUUCCCCGCACGUAGCGCAUCACUCUCCUCAUCACAACAACCAUGGCAACCACCCGGGAGCCUGGGGAACUCCGGUGUCCCACAACUCCUCCAUCACAAGCGGGCAGCAGAUCAAUAUCUACUCCCAGACGGGCUUCACUGUCAACGGCAUGCUGGACCACGGUGGCCUCACACCUCCACCCAACCCGCAGGGCCAAGGCAUGCACCCGGGCCUCAGGGACACACUCAGCCCCGAGCACAGCGACCUCGGCGGGCACCACUGCCACGAUCACUCCGACGAGGAGACGCCGACUUCGGACGAGCUGGAGCACUUUGCCAAGCAGUUCAAACAGCGGAGAAUCAAGCUGGGCUUUACGCAGGCGGACGUGGGUUUGGCUCUGGGCACGCUGUACGGUAACGUGUUUUCCCAAACCACCAUCUGCAGGUUCGAGGCUCUGCAGCUGAGCUUUAAAAACAUGUGCAAACUAAAGCCGCUGCUGAACAAGUGGCUGGAGGAGGCAGACUCGACCACAGGUAGCUCUAGCAGUAUAGACAAGAUAGCAGCUCAGGGGAGGAAGAGGAAGAAGAGGACGUCCAUCGAGGUCAGCGUGAAGGGGGUUCUGGAGACGCACUUUCUCAAGUGUCCCAAACCCUCCGCGCAGGAGAUCACCUCGCUGGCGGACUCGCUGCAGCUGGAGAAGGAGGUGGUGCGCGUGUGGUUCUGCAACCGGAGGCAGAAGGAGAAGCGCAUGACGCCGCCGGGAGAGGCGCCGCCACACGAGGGACCCUAUUCUCACAGCGGGAGCGCGGGAGACGCCUCCUCGUGCCAUGAUCUCUGACCGAAGCACCGGGAGGAAUCCCCCGGCACAGACUCUCGAGCGAAGGGGCGCGGUGGCACCUCCAAGCCCCCGCGCCUGUCCCGGCACAGACUCCUCCAGAUGCCUCCAGCACUGAAACACGACAAUAACAAUAACAGAGAUACCUGUUCAGCCUUCGUCAUUUUCUAACUGUUAUGAGGGCAUUAUUCUAUAGCGGCAUAUCAAACUUCACAUUUCAGAUCACCUUUGGAGCCCGCCAAAUUAUUUUCUACAUCAUGGAUAUAAAUACAAAAUGUGCCUAAUAACCUGCCAGCGCCUUUGGUUUGUGUCACCACUUCUCAUCAGCUCGGUAAUAAUGAUAGGAUGGGACUGAUGUCUGUUGUUUUUGAUUUGUUUGGACGUCUCUCACAUAUUUGUGUUGUAUGAUCAGCGGAGUGAAACAAAGAAUAAUAUCACUUUUCUUAAUUGAUUUGUUGCAGCACCAGAGGCCAUUUUACAGUCCACCCCAUACUUCCCUCGGGCUUACAAAAUGCUUUAGUUCUCAUCACAUUUGCGUUCAUUAUUUUGUAACAUACUCGUAGCAGAUCUGUAAUUAUUUUUGCAUAUGCAAAUAUAGGCCCUCAGUCCAGUUGUAGAGGUAUUGCUACCAACAUAAUAGCACUUGGAGUUUAUUUUUUAUUUUUAUUAAAUUCCUCCCUUGUGGCCUGUAGCUUAUGAAGCCACACACAGUUACAGCUAUUUAUAAAUUCAUUUAUUUGAUUUUAAUCAUCUUCGACCAUAUAAACUGUGUGGACUCUGAAAUAGAGCCGAGAAUAGAAAGAGGGGUUGACGACGCUAUACACCUGCCUAUAAUUUUAUUGUACGUUCAGUAUCAAAAUUUUAUAAUCUUAAAUACUCCUGUUAUUGGUUUAUUUCUUAAGUAUUUUUUCGAAUAUUGUACAGUUUUAUAUAUUACCCUUUUGAAGUCAUUAAUUUAAACAAAUGCUCUUAGUUAUUCAUGCACUUAAUUAGCAAUGUAAAAAAACACAACAAUAUUUUCAGUAAGAUUGAACUGUUUCGGCGGUUUUAUUCCAAAUUUCGAUGACAGCUCAAGUAAUUAUUUAUUUUCAGUAUAAAGCUUGUAUUAUGUUUUGAAAUAAACUAUGUAUGUUGUAAUAAACAAUUUCUUGCUACAACUGUUCACUGUCCAAAACAGAAUUCAACCUCUGAUAAAAGAAU